CUCACUCAGUCUGCAAAAAACACUUCCCCGGCCGGCGCUGCCCGCAGCCGGGCGGUGCCCACUCCGCGCAGGCGGUGCCAGCCCCGGGUCCGCCCGGGCGGGUCCCGCCUCCCGCUCCGCGCCCCGCGCAUCGCUAUGCCGCCCGCCCGGAGCGCGCAACGCGGCGCGGGGUGCGGAGCGGAGCCCGGAGCGGGGCGCGGCGGCGGCCGAGAGGCUCCAUCCGCCCGGCGGGGCUGGCCCGGCCCGGGGGGACGCGGGGGGGCACUUGCUGAUGAUCGGAAGUUACUGACAGUAAGCACCUUCAUCCCCCCAAAGGCGGAGAGAGGGAGAGGAGGAGGAGGAGAGACAGGGGGAGAGGAGAGCUGAUGCCUGACGAGUCACUCGGCGGAGGCAGAGCGGGCGGUACCACAACUUCCCGGCGGCGCGGAGCGGCGCGGAGCAGCGCGGCGCGGAUCGGAGCUCGCCGGCCGGAUCGCUCCCAUGUCAGCGCGGCGGCGGGGGACUGCGCUCCGCUAGCGACCAGCCGCCGGCCAACCCCUUCCUCACCCAGCAAUGUAUUCACUGCUCUCAGCCUGCACUUGCCUAUGUUUACAUUUCCUGCUGCUGUGCUUUCAGGUACAGAUGUUUGCUGCUGAGGAGAAUGUGGAUUUUCGGAUACACGUGGAGAAUCAGACGCGAGCAAGGGACGAUGUGAGCAGGAAGCAGCUUCGGCUCUAUCAGCUCUACAGCAGGACAAGUGGGAAGCACAUCCAGGUGCUCGGCAGAAGGAUCAGUGCCAAAGGAGAAGAUGGAGAUAAAUAUGCCCAGCUUCUAGUGGAAACAGACACUUUUGGAAGUCAAGUCCGGAUCAAAGGGAAGGAGACAGAUUUCUACCUUUGCAUGAACAGGAAAGGCAAGCUAGUGGGGAAGGAGAGGAGCCAUGGGACCAACCUGGGCCUUUCCUCGGCUCGUUUCCUAUUGCCUUGCACUGCAGAAUCCCCAACCAGACCAGCAGAUGCCAUCUGGCUUUGUUCUCCUCCUCACUCAGCAGUUUUGGAUCCUUCCCAGUUGAAAACCUGCUUUGAAUUUAGUCCCUUUUGUGUCCCAUAAUCACCUACAAAGAGUGCCACGGUCAGGAGCAGGUUGUUGUUCUCAGCUGGAACUGGUGAUGAACACAAGAGCUCCAGAGGUGGACAGGGCUUUUCCCCAUCUUGGAGCUGGCUGUGUUGCAGGGAAGCAGAUUAACCCCCUGGGGGUAAGAAGAACAGCCUUUGUGUACUUAUUUCUGAUGAUUGCACCUCCAGCAGAGCUUCCCAGCAGAGCCCUCUGAUGGAGCCUGCUCAGGAGCCCCAAACCUUGUGGGUUUUGCCUCUCUCAAGUGCUGCUGUGUAUGUUCACAGGCAGUAGGGACCAAAGGGCUCAGAGCUGUUUUGGGCAGGCUCCUGACUCUGUUGUAACAGCAGCUGCUGCGGUCACUGGCACUCUGUGAUGCUUUGGAAAAUGAGACAGGGGAUGUGUUGUACAGCAGUGACCUCUCUGUUACAGGUGAGCAGCACCUGGGGAAAACAAAGUAGAGUGUGUUUUUUGUGGAUUCUUGGUGUUGUUUUGAAGAAGGCCUAAGAAACGUUUAAUUUUAUUUCUUUUUUUUUCUUCUGCCCAUCUGUUUCUUUGACCAUGGGUUUUUGCAGGUACAUAAAAAUUGUAGGUCCUGAGUUUUCUGGUCUUCCUCAGGUUUUCUGUGGACCACUGAACUUUAUUAUAAAAUCACAGAUUUUUUUGGUUGGAAGGGACCUUAAAGCUCAUCCCAUUCCACCCCUGCCAGGGCAGGGACACCUUCCACUAUCCCAGGCUGUUCCAAGGCCCAAUAUCCAACCUGGCCUGGGACACUGCCAGGGAUGCAGGGGCAGCCACAGCUGCUCUGGGCACCCUGUGCCAGUGUCCUCAAAGUAAAGAGUUUCUUCUUUAUAUCUGGUAUAAAUUUAUCUUCUUUUAGUUAAAGCCAUUAUUCCCUGUUCUGCUGCAGCAGGUCCUGCUAAAAGGUUUGUCCCCAUCUUUCUUUAACCUUUUUUAAAUACUGAAAGGCUGCAAUAAGUUCUUCCUAGAGCCUUCUCUUCUCCAGGCUUUAUGGUGGAAUCACACUACAAAGAGAGAGAUGAAAAUAUGAAAAUUCAGAACAAGAAUGCCAGCUGCUUUUCUGAGAAACUUUUUUUCCUUCUUAAAAAAAAUUAUUAAACCUGUUUAUUUAUAUCAGGCAGCUGGGUGGCUGAGGGAGAGCUCCAGACAGGUGACACAUAAUUUGGGUGCCUCCUGGGGACAUGUCCCCUGACACCACGUCUGCAGCACUGGCGCCCUCCCAGCACUCCCAACGAGCAGCGUUGAGCUUUGGUCCCCAGGCACAGCCCAGCUCCUGAACAAAAGCUGUGCCAGCCAAAGCUUGGCUGUGCCAGGGCCAUGUCAUUGGUGCAGGGGACAGGAGGUGGCAUGGCCGUGCUGGCCACCAGUGCCUCUCCCAGCCCUGACCAGCAGCACUGUGCUGGUGCCACUCACAGCAGAGACCUGCCUCUCAGUCACAGCAUUUUUGCUGGUGUGAUAACUGCUUUCCAAGCCAAUAUAUUUAUUAAUGUUACCAGAAAGUUGCUAAUACCAUAUGGCAAGGCUCUCUGUAUUUUUGCAGGACAACAAACAAAUUGUUGCUAGAUGCCAGACUGCUCUGGCAGAGCUUUUUUCACUGAUGCCUGCCAGCAGUAGCCUUUAGGGGAUACUAAUGAUUUGGGGUUGUUUACAUUACAGCUUUAAAAUAGGAGUUUUCUUGAGGCAUGUGUGUGUUUAGUCAGGAAAGUUGGCUAAAAAAACUCUUGACAGCAUCAAAGACUGAAGGUGCCCAUUGUGGCCUGUAAAUGUGCUCUUGGCCCCUGAAACUCUUCUGGCCCCAUGGGAGAAGGAGCUGUAGAGGUUUCAGCAGGAGCCUCUCUUUGAAGGGAAGGAGACUCACCUAGGUGGGAGACACCAGGGGAUCCUCCAAAGCCUUUUUGAUGUACCUGGAGCAGGUUUUCAUCAGUUGGCUUUGGUUGAGAGUGAGGUUAAGCUUUCUUGAAAAGCUGUCUUUGAAAAGCUGCUGGUGGAGAACCAGUUCUUCACUGCAGGGCUGGGGGCUGAGGUAAGGGCACUCCAGGAUGAGCCCCAAGCCCAGUGCCCUCCACAUGCCCCAGUCCUGUGUGACAUUUGGGUGCCAGUGCUCCUGGUGCCUGCCGUGCCAGGGCCAUCCCGGCAGCCAUGCACCUGCAAAGGUGCCGUGAGGUGUGUGGAGAGGGCAGGGCCACCACGGGGCUGCAGUUUGGAACUCUGGUGCAGUACAUGAGGUGUUUGCCCUCCUCAGCUUGUAUAUUUAAAAUCAAACCUACCUGCAUCUUGGAUUUGGGGCAGAGCUCUAGGUUUCACUGGAGUUUGAUGCUUAUCCAGAAUUUUUCAGGACUUGCACAGUAUUUGGGUUGCUUGAAAGGGGCUUGUAAAACCUAACAAUUUUGAAUGCUGAAUUUGCAACAUAAACAUGAGCAGGAUUGGUGGGGUGUCAGGUUUAAUAGCAGGUGUUUUGUGGAUCUCUCUGUGACAUGCUCAGCCAUAAACCAUUCCAACUUGGCAUCUCAUGCGAAAGCAAAACUUGACAUGGCUCUUGCUGGGUCUCGCUCAGAUCUUGUUUGGAACUGCAGUCUGGGUCUUCGCUCUCCUGAGAGUUUUGUUUCUUUAAGUCAUCUAAAUAAACACAUUCACUGGACCCUGAAGCCAACCAACUUUGGACAUUGCCAUACUUUGGACAGGGAGACCUGAUCCAGAAUUGUCUCAAGUGUCCAAAAAUCUGAAAUCAGAGCCUGCAGGAUUGCAAAGGUCUUAAAAGCAAUAAGAUGACAAAACCACUUUUAUUUUGGUUGGGCCAUCAAAAUCUUCUGCAUUUACCUGAUCAGGCUUUUUUCCUGAAACCUGUGGAAAAAAAUUGGAAUUAUUUUUCUGAAAAUUUAGAAGCUGAGAUUCUCAUGAAAUUAAAAGUGGAAGUGGAAGCUAAACCACCCUCCUCCAUUCUCAGACCCCAAACAUCAUUGAGAAGCUGGAGACAAGCUGCAAGAAGGGACCUGGGCAGUCCUGGUCCAUGGCCAGUUGGAUCUGAGUCAGCAGUGCCCUGGAGCCAGGAGGGACAUCCCUGUCCUGGGGACAUCAGGGGCAAGGGAGGGAUUGUCCAGCUGUGCUGUGGGCUGGGGCAGCCUCACCUCCAGUGCUUGGGCAGUUUUGGGCACCAAAAUAUAUGAAAGUCUCCUUUUACCUAUAUGUGAACAUCUCCAGUUAACUUAAGCUUCUCAGCACAGCCAUAAUUCUUCAAGUGUUUGCUCUGAAAUAAAGCAAAUGGUCCUUUUAUUUUAAAAAAAUAUAUAUUCUUCAUAGUAUUAUUUUUAUGAUAAGGACUCGCAGAUACUCCACUGGGGAUGUGAGCAUUGUAUGUCCUGGCUGUGUCAGGGCAUCAGAGAGCUGUGUAACACAUUUACAGGUUUAUUGUGUUUCCUCUUUAGGAAAUGUCAUGUUUCCUUUGGAAAUUUCUAAGAAGCCCCAGCUCUUUCUCAGACUAAGCUUUGCAAAGUCAAGGUUCACUUGCAGACCGAGCUUGUAAGCUUGACCUCUGAAUCGUUUCCUUAUCCCAAGGCUGCAAGGUGUCUAUCCCUUUCCAGGGAAGAAAACCAUCUUCUUGAAAGCUGUGUGAUAAUUUAAUUUAAUCCUUGCUGUCUUCAGGAAGCAAGCGUCACCAUAAAGCUGCUGACCUCCUGUCCCCUGUUUUGUGGUGGAUGCAGCUGUGUGUCCUGUUGGACUAUUUCAGUUCCCUAAGGUUUAAUGUUAAUUAAAAUUACUGAUGGGGAUCCCUGAGCCCUGCUCAUGCCUUGUCUUGUCUGGGUGGAGAGGGUGUGCUGCUGAAUGUAUCUUGUGCUGACAGUUAUCAAGUUGGAUUUAAUUGCUUUCCUCACAGCAUUUCAUCUCCUAAGUGCAAUUUUUUGUUGGUCUUGAGCAUCUCAUAAGCUGAGGGCGAUGUUUCUUCUAAGCACUACUUAGCAAAUACGUGGAUGUAUUUAACUGCAAGAAGGAAGGAAGCAGUGCAGCCUUGUCUCUCUCAAAUGGGUGCAGCUGAGAUCACGUUCAGGGGACUCCUGCUCCUCAAGGACUGUUCGUCCUUGGCUUGCAGUUUGGUUUUGGAGAGGAGGUGAGAAAAGAGAGGCUAUUUUUGCAGUGGAGAAUAAAACCUGUGCUCUAACUGUAGCAAAAUAGAGUCUAUUUGAUAUGGCAGUUACAGAACUAUAUUUAAGGUCCAAGAAAAGUAGAUCCUGCUUAAAUACAUUUUUGUUCUUGAGAUUCUCUUUCUUUGUCUUUUGGGUAUCCAAAGAUAUGAAGUUUUCCCGAGGGAGGACAAGUCUCAAGCCUUGCAUUUGUUGCACAGGGAUGGAAGUUGAUCACUCACAGGCUGGAACAAAUCUGGGUGAUAAUUUUUUGGCACUUGAUGGCACUUGAUUUGAUGAUGGAUUUUUCUCUUUUCUUAGUAAUAUAACUUGACGUGAAGAGAACUAAUACCAUCCUGCAUACAAACAAUGACCUUUCAGGUUUUAAAUUCCCCCCAUUUAAGCUUGCCCCAGGGAAAGUGGUGUCACUACUGGAAUCUUGGCUGGAUGAGACUGCAUUUGUUUGAAAUUAUAACUUACAGUAAGUGUGCAUGUUUGUUUAAUGUGAAUAAAUCUGAGACAAACACAGAACUUGCUAUGAGGUCAGCAACUCUUCUAGUCUUGUUAGCCUACCCCACUCAUCAUCUACACCUGGUGUUUUAAACAAAUUUUUAAGAAAACAUUUCCUGUAGUGGCACACGUCUCUAUAUCACAGAAUCACUGAGGCUGGAAAAGCUCUCCCAGAUCAUCGAGUCCAAGCUGUGCCUGAUGCCCACCUUGUCCCCAGCCCAGAGCACUGAGUGCCGCCUCCAGGCCUUCCUUUGAUACCUUCAGGGUUGGGGACUCUACCUCCAUAAGCAGGCCCUUCCCAUGUUUAACAAAUUCCGCCUCAUGUCCAGCCUGAAUCUCCCCGAAGCCUGAGUCUCUGUCCUCUCGUCCUGUCACUUGUUCCCAGGGAGAAGAGUGACCCCACCUUGCUACAAUUAUAUAUUGAAUUGAAGCCUACAUGAAAUACACUGCUGCUCUUAGAUGGCUUUUAUAGAAAGUUCAAGACUGGCUUGUGGAGGCUGGAAAUGACUGCUGGAAAAGAGCUCCCAGCAGAGCCCUUCAGCAGCAGGUUGUGCUUUGUACAGAGGGGUAAAAACACCUUCCCAUCCCUUACCAUGUGCAGCCGCUCCCAGCUUCCAUGUAACUGGACCUGGUGGGUGCAGAUAAUGGGAGAUGCCAUAGAUCUGCUCAGAUAUCACAUCUGAAACUUGCCUGGGGAUUCAGACCUCCUGAAGAGCAACAGCUUCCUGCUCCAGGGAACCUGCAGUUUUGACUUAAGUUUCCUAAAUUUUCUCUUGGUUUAAUAAAGUUCAUUUAAAAAGCA